AUGAUCCCAGUGCUGCAAUGUGACAGUGGGACAACACAGAAAAUGGAAAACUGUGUAGCAGGUAAUUGUUUGUGUUGUUGUAUGGGUUUCCAGGGAGAAGCAAUGGCGGUGUUUGUGGAUCCAUCUGUGCCUGUGAAGAGCCUUGUAGAUUUGCUGCUGAAGCCAUUCAGGGUGCUUCAAAGAAUCAAGGAGGUGGAAGAGGAUGUUCCUUUCCUGCAUGGAAGGGUGCUUGUCCUGGAUGGGACAUUGAAGAGCAUUAGGGAAGAUACAAGAUUCGAUGGAGAUGGAUGGCAAACAGUGAUGCCUGAGGAGCGAUGGCAGAAAUUGCACGAGUCAUUGCAAGUGUUUGAAAAGAUUCUGGAAAAGGCUGACAACCUUGCAAAGAAAAUCGAUCAGUACAAAGGACGGUUGAAGAUGUGGGUAUAUGCCAAAGGUUUGAAGACCAGCUUGGAAGAUUCCCAUGUGGAGCUGGAUAGAGUCGACCAAGGUUUGGCAAACGUACGAACAUUGCUUGGAGAGCCUGAGCCUUCAAAAAAGCAACAGCAGGUCGAUCAGCUGAGGCGGAUAAGCUUGGAAGGGCGGCCAGUUGAGCCAGUGGAAGACGCUCCCCAGAAAUCGGCUGAGACGAAUGAGGACUGCAUACGUUACAACAAGAAGAAAUUGGAGUUCCUUGAAGAGCAGAUGGUGCCCAUGCAGCUGUUGGAAAAGUGCAUCCCACCAGGGAGUACCUCGCCACAAGCCUGGACAGAAUCUAUGGUGGCUCUGAGAACUACUCUAGAGUCUGCAAAUAAGUUCAUCAAACGCCACAGCUGUCCAUUCAACCUGCAGACCUUCUGCACCACGCAGCAUGCAAAGAUGAAGAUUGAGAAGAUUUGCAACAUCUUGAAGUCAAUCGCUGAUGAGUAUGAGCCGCUGGUGGAAGAACUGAAGGGCGUGAAAGUUCUGGACAAGAUACCCAAAGAGGCAGUGGAUGACGACUGGGAAGACUUGCGCAAGAAGUUGAGCUUCGUUCUGAAGGGCGAUCAUUGCCACUUCCCACCAUCGCUGCAGGCCGAGUGGGAGGCCGUGAAGAGGCAGCAUGACAAAAGAGUGAGCAGACUGCAGAUCAUCGAUGAGAGCAAAAUAGUGUGGGUGGAUGUUAUCUCUGAAUGCACUCACUACGUGACGUACUACGGCCUCAAAGCAACAGCAAAGAGGAUGAUCCAAGAUGGUACGCCCCUGGGACUUGAGGACUUUGCGAAGUUCUACACAGAGGCUGCGAUCAUAGAUUCCUUGAAUAUCCAGUGGGUCGCCCGCCUCAUUGGCAUCAGCCAGCAGGGUCUCAUGGUCGUGGAGGGCGGCGACAAGGACCUGAUGCAGUGGUACAGGGAACUCAAGUCCGUCGAUUGGCAAGUGAAAGUGAGGGUGAUGUGGGAGGCUGCCCAAGGGCUGCUCUUUGUGCACGACCAGCAGGUCAUGCACUGCUCCGUGAGCAGCCAGAGCUUCCAUGUCUUUCCGGGUGACUCCAUCAAGAUCACCAACUUCAGCUCUGCCACGGAGAUCACGGAAGUCAAGUCCCUUUCUCGCAGGAGACAGCAUGCCCAGAACCGGUGGAUUGCACCCGAAAUCUACUCCGGCGCACCCCACAGCCUGAUGUCCGAUGUGUACAGCUUCGGCGUGGUCAUGCACGAAGUCGCUGCACUGUCCCAGCCCUACGGCGUGAACCCCACAGAGGCGGAGCUGCUGAUAACGAAGUUGGCGGGUGAGCCGCCGUGCGCCAUCCCAGGUGACUGCCCCCAAGUGUUGAGGGACCUGAUGGCCCAGUGCUGUUCAGCCACGCCUGGCGAGAGGCCAACUAUGGCACAUGUGGUCGAUCGAUUGUCAGAUGUGCAGACACAGCUUAUUGAAGCCUCGUGA